AUGACUGCAUAUGGUGGAGUGCUACUUGUUGCUACAGCUCAAGAUCCCGAUCAUCACCAUUAUCCGCUUGCUUUUGGUGUAGUGGAUGGCGAGAAUAAUGAAAGUUGGUUUUGGUUUCUCGAAAAGCUCAAAUCGCGUAUACCAGAUGGACCUAAAAUUGUGUUUGUUUCUGACAGAAACUUCAGUCUCCUCAUGGCAAUAGCAAUGCUCUAUCCAUUGUCUCACCAUGGGCAUUGUAUCUACCAUUUGUCACAGAAUGUGAAAGGAAAAUUUAUUGGAGUAAACAAAGCAAUAUGUGCCAAAAAGUUCAGGCAAUGUGCUCGGGGUUAUACGGAGGCAGAGUUCUUACAGCUUUAUGGUGAUUUUUCGUCAACAUAUCCUUCGGCACGUUUGUACCUAGUUGAACACACGGAGAUAAAGCACUGGGCUAGAUGUUAUUUUCCUGGAGAAAAGUAUAACCUAGACACAAGCAAUGUUGUUGAACCGAUUAAUGGUGUUUUAGAAAAUGCAAGGAACUACUCACUGUUACAAAUGAUAGAUGCUAUUAUUGAGAAAAUGAUUGAAUGGUUUGCUAAACAUAGAAAAGCUUCUGCAGAAAUAUCAACUACACAGAAGAUGGUUCCUUUUGUUGAGAAAGAACUUCACAAAACAUGUAAGGAAGCAAAACUGUUGGUGGUGAAUGAGCUAAACUGUUACCGACUUGAAUAUAGUGUGAUAGGUAGUGAUGGUCUACAAUAUGUGGUUAAUUUGAGAAGCAAAACGUGCAGCUGUAAACAAAGUGAUAUAAACAAAUAUCCAUGUGUGCAUGCAGUAGCAGCUGCAAGAGAAGCAAAGGAGGAAGGAGAUCCUGAGAUACAGUUACAUGACUUGUGCUCAAAAUAUUACUGGAUUGAGCUUUGGGUUUUGGCGUAUUCAAGGACGAUUUAUCCGGUUCCCCAUAGUUGUCAAUGGAUUGUUCCCGAGGAUACGAUGAAACGGUUAAUCUUGCCUCCAGAUUAUGAUGUUAAACAAGGAAGAAGACAAGAAAAAAGGUACGCAUCUGUUGGAGAAGAUAGAGACAAAGGAGGUAAGAAGAAGUCGAAGAAGCCGACUGGUACGAGUGAAUGGUUGGACAAUGAUGGUGACCAAAAUUGA